AUGUCAUUAUCACAAACACCACCGCCCCCAGCUUGUCUCCCCACGCCCCGAGUCAUCAUCACAAACCUCAUCAACUCCCUCACAUCGGCCUCUCUUCCGCCAUCGUCGCCAAACACAGCCACAACAGACGGCGCGCAAAACCCGCUCUGGUCGCUGCCGCAGUCCCACCGCUCACUCCUCGUCACCCUCCACGUCCUCUUUCCAUCACUAGUGCUCCCAGCGCUGGACCUACUGGACCGCAACCUCGUCACGCGCGUGGUGCCGGAAUCGGCUUCGCACAGCGCGGGCGGGCGCGAGGGGGAUGACCCCGCCGACCCCGCACCCGCCCACGACGCCGGCGCCGCCGAUACACAAGGGUCCUCACCACCCCUCCCUUCUCAAAACUCUCCGCAUCCCGAAAAGGUGCUCCGAUCGUCUUCGGCGGCAUUUCACCUCGUCCGCUCCGUGGCUUCAACAAUGACCCGCCGAAGCUACGCGGUUGCGACGCCGGCUUCGGCUUCAACGACGUACCUCGUCCGGCUCGACGCCUGGAAUUGCACGUGCGCCAACUUUGCCUUCGAAGCGUUUCCUGCUAGCGCUGCUACAGCGGGAGAGGUCCUCGAGGAUGAGAUUAAGGGCGCCGAUGUGGACGAUGACUCCGAUGAGGGUGGAAUGGGUGGCUGGCAGUUUGGAGGGCUAAGUCUGGAUGGGAUAAAUAGCGGCGACGUACCGUGCUGCAAGCACUUGCUUGCUUGUCUGCUAUCUGAGCAGUGGGGGGGUGUGCUGGGAAAAUAUGUCACGGAGAAGAGAGUUAGUAGGGAGGAGAUGGCGGGGUUGGUUGCCGAGACUUAG